UUAACCCCAGCCGACAGUCUACUGUUUCUGUCUAUGCCGAAUCCCUCGAUGGAUUCAGCCUGAUUGAUCGUAAUGAGUUUGGGGAGCUCAAACAUGGCUGGAACUGCGCUGGGAGCGGCCUUCUCUCUCCUCCUCUAUGCCUCUGUUAUACAAGGGCUCCCGGAUGUUGAGAGGACCCGUUCUGAAGUGACAGAGGCAGUGGUGGGCCAGAACAUUACUUUACCCUGUACCAUAAAGAGCAAUCCUCAACUCAAGAUUGUCAAUGUUGAAUGGAGUAAGAAAAACGCAAAGCUGGCUCUGUAUAGUCAGCUUUAUGGAGUCCAUCUAUUUUGGCCCAAUGUCACUAUACAGAUUGAGAACAAUACUGCAAACGAGUUGAUGGGCUCCUAUCUGCACCUUCCUGCGGUGAAUGAAUGGGACAGUGGCAUCUACGUUUGCGAUAUUGCAGCCUUUCCCUCUGGCUCCAUCAGGAGGGAGACGGAGCUGAAGAUCAAAGUUGUGGUUAAAGUAACGUGUGAUGUGGACGGCGCCGUUGACGUCCGUAAUGGAGAAAACGUGACAAUUCGCUGCAGAGCCUCUGCUGAUGCACAGUACAGGUGGACCAAGAACAAGAUGCCGGUGUCAGAGAGUGAAUCUCUACAGCUCUGGCGGGUGACCGACGCUCACGCAGGGGUUUAUGCACUGACUGUCAACACAGGAAACCAGAGUCUGCAUAAAGAGUUUACUGUCACCGUGCUAACAGCGACCACAAGCUUAAGCACAGAUCUCUCAAUGGCAUCACCACAGGCAGUAACCGAAGAUGGUUUGAUAAAACCUGCAGAGAGCAGAUUCACCACAUACCCAACCACUGGGCUUUCAACCACCGACACCGACGUUACUUGGUCCACGAGUACGGGUACCGAUGCCACCGAUGAUAAUCCACGCCCCGGCAAUGUUACGAUCACAGCUGGAGAGAACAUAACCUCUGUUAUAAACGAUACAGAUGUCAGUGUCACAUCAUCCCCUGCAACACCAACACAUACUGAGCCUUUUCGCUUCCUCAACGCCACUACUUUAAGUUAUGGCAGUACAGUGUUCGCAUCAACACAGGAAAUGGCCAUUGAUGAAGCGACGAACGAGUCAAACAGGACGGAGGAGUCCAGCACCGCGGGAAACACUACUGGAAACUAUGAUGUAACUCCAAGACUAAGUACUAGAACUGGAGCAAAAGGUCAAGAUACCAAACGGAGUCACUUGGCUGCGUUAAUCGUCGUUCCAAUACUGUUACUGAUCGUUGUGGUUGGCUUUCUCUACAGGAGACACCUCAUAAAACGGAGGAUGGCUCUACCGCCUCCGUUCAAACCCCCCCCUCCUCCAGUCAAGUAUACAGCUGUAAGACACCAUGAGAUUUCGACACAGCCUUUCCCCACUGCACGCUGUAACUCGGUAAUAGAACUUGAAAGACACGAAAAGAAAAUGUAUUAACAUACGACGACUAAUGAUGAUGGGUUGAUAAAUUAUAUGCAUUAAUUGUUUGGAUAAAGUGUUAGCUGUAUCCUUUCUUGGUUACGUGCAGAAGUACAAGCUGUAUUACUUUCAGUUGUGGUCAGUUUCAAGCUGCAGGAGGGCCAAGUGUACAUUGUGGUUGAGUGGGGCUGCGUCUUAGCUAUUGUGUAUAAGGUGUUUUUGUUGUUUGCUCAAACAGAGGUUAAAUAUUGUUUUUAUUGUAAAUGUAAUGUAAUAAAAUAA